AUGUUCAAAGAAUAUGAUGCUUCAAUUCUUCCACCACAUCGACCGUCCCAUGAUAUCGAAAUAGUAUUGGAAGAAGGCAAACGACCACCAUAUGGACCUAUAUAUGGAUUAUCUCAAAUCGAGUUGAAGGCACUACGAGAAUAUCUUGAUGAAAAUUUACCCAAAGGAUUUAUUCGAGCCAGUGAAUCGCCAGCGGAAGCACCCAUACUAUUCGUAAAGAAAAGCGAUAGGACCCUUCGACUCUGUGUUGAUUAUCGAGGUCUAAAUGCAAUUACAAUCAAAAAUCGAUAUCCAUUACCAUUGUUGAAGGAAACCCUGGCUAAGCUAUCAAGAGCACAAUACUAUACCAAGUUGGAUUUACGUUGGGGAUAUAAUCAAAUUAGGAUAGCGGAAAGAGAUGAAUGGAAAACGGCAUUCCGAACUCGAUAUGGAUAUUUCGAAUAUACAGUGAUGCCGUUUGGAUUAGCUAAUGCCCCUGCUACAUUCCAACAUUGGAUCAAUUAUAUUUUACGUCCCUAUCUCGACCAAUUCAUAACGGCAUACUUAGACGAUAUCCUUAUCUAUUCCGAGACUCUAUCAGAACAUAAAGAACACAUUCAAAAGAUUCUAAAAGUACUUGACGAGAAUCAUGUUCACCUUAAAGCUGAAAAAUGUGAAUUUAUGGUUCAGGAAACAAAAUAUCUCGAUUUAAUUCUUACUCCGAAUGGAAACAGAAUGGACCCAAAGAAAGUUGUCGAUGUUUUGGAAUGGUCCACACCAAAAAACCUUCAUGAUAUUCAAGUAUUUCUAGGAUUUGCAAAUUUCUAUCGACGGUUUAUUUUAGGAUAUUCGAAAAUUGUUGCUCCGCUUACAGUUUUGACAAAGAAAAACGUUAAAUUUGAAUGGACGGAUGAAAGGGAGGAAGCAUUUCAGACUUUGAAAAAGAUGUUUACAACGGCACCAAUCCUAGCUCAUUUUAAUCCGGAUCGAAGGAUUGUGAUAGAAACCGAUGCAUCUGAUUAUGUUUCAGCAGGAAUCCUAUCUCAACAUGAUGACGAAGGAAUCCUACAUCCAGUCGCUUUCUUCUCUAAAAACACUCUCCUGCAGACAAUUAUACGAUGCUUCGAAGAAUUGCGACAUCACCUGGAGGGAGCUCAAUUUCCAAUUGAAGUUCUUAGUGACCAUCGGAAUCUUGAAAAUUUUAUGACAACAAAAUUGUUAAAUCGAAAACAAGGAACGAAACCAGAUGCAUGGACUAGGAGAUCAGGUGAUCUGCCUAAAGAGGGGGAUGAACGGUUGACGCAUCAGAGUCAAGUGAUUUUGAAGCAAAAAAAUUUGGAUACAAAGCUAAGUUUGUUCGCGGGUUCUUUGUCAAAUGAAUCCGCUGAAGGAGCGUCAACUGUAGAGGAGUUAUUUUCAAAAGCUUACCAAGUAGAUAGUUUUCCAAAUAAGAUCCUUACGAUGCUUCGGAAUGGCGUUCGCCACUCAAACAAAAUUUCGCUUGCCGAAUGCACGGAAGAUAACAAUGGUCGGCUACUUUAUCGAGGUGCACUAUAUGUACCAGACGACAAUGACCUUCGGCUAAGGCUUCUAAAAGAACAUCAUGGUAAACCAUCCACAGGACAUCCGGGUAGAGCAAAGACAUUGGGACUUCUAAACCGAGAAUAUUAUUGGCCACAAAUGCGAAAAUAUGUCGACCAGUACAUUAGGAAUUGCAAUGUGUGUACCCGUAGCAAGGCACCAUGCAAUGCACCUUAUGGAGUACUCCGUCCUAUGCCGAUAACUGAGGGACCGUGGAUGGAUAUAUCGAUGGAUUUUGUUACUGAUCUUCCUGAGAGUGAUGGAUACAAUGCAAUCUUGGUUGUAGUGGAUAGAUUAACCAAAAUGCGACAUCUAAUACCAACGACUAAAGAGGUAGAUUCAAAGGAAGUAGCAAGGUUAUAUAUCGAUAACUUCAUUGCGGAGUUUUGGAAAUCACUUUGUGAUCGGUUGGAAAUAUCGUCGAAAUUCUCUACCGCAUUUCAUCCUCAGACAGAUGGACAGACGGAAAGAAUUAAUGCUGUAAUGGAACAAUAUCUUCGAAGUUAUGUUUCCUAUCAACAAGAUUACUGGGCUCGAUGGUUACCAAUGGCUGAAUUUGCGAACAACAAUCAUGCCUCCGAAACAAUAAAGGUCUCCCCGUUUUAUGCCAAUUCGGGAAGAAAUCCAAGGAUGACUUUUGGCCCUUUGGAAUAUGGUCGAAUGACGGCGGAGGAUCAAGCGAACCGUAUUGCAAGAGAAAUGAAGGAUGUAGUGGAUUUUCUAAGAGAAGAGAUGUUCCGGGGUCAAAGGAUACAAGAAGAGUCAGCCAACAGAAAUCGGACUCCAGCUCCUCGUUACCAUUUAGGAGAUAAGGUUUUCCUAUCGACCCGUCAUAUUCUAACAAAGCGGCCUUCUAAGAAAUUUGACUGGAAACGUAUUGGACCCUAUAGCGUUAAGCGAAUUAUCAAUCCCUAUGCUUACGAGUUGGAACUUCCCCGGUCAACGAAAAUUCAUCCAGUAUUUAAUGUUUCGUUAUUGUCACCCGAAGCAAAUGAUCCUUUACCAGUACAACAACAAUUAUCACCACCUCCAGUUGAAAUCGAAGGGGAGGAAGAAUGGGAAUUUGAAGAUAUUUUGGAUUCGAGGAAACGAAGAGGAAGGUUUGAGUAUUUAGUACAAUAUGCAGGAUAUGAUGAAGCCUCCUGGCAACCACUAUCAGACCUUGAGCAUUCACCUGAUAUCGUCAAACGAUUUCACGAGCGUUAUCCAGGGAAACCUAAGCCUACCAGGAGGUAG